GUUGACUGGCAUGAAUCUACCUUCUCCUGUUAUCAGCAGUAAGAACUGGUUACGACUCCAUUUUACAUCUGACAGCAAUCACCGACGGAAGGGAUUUAAUGCUCAGUUUCAAGUGAAAAAAGCAAUUGAACUGAAAUCAAGAGGAGUCAAGAUGUUGCCCAGCAAAGACAGCAACCACAAAAAUUCUGUCUUGACCCAGGGUGGGGAUGCAGUUGCAUCUGAUACAUGUCCUGAUCCUGGAAUUCCUGAAAAUGGGAAAAGGGUAGGCUCUGACUUCAGGGUGGGUGCAAGUGUACAGUUUUCCUGUGAGGAUAAUUAUGUGCUGCAAGGUUCUAAGAGCAUCACUUGUCAGAGAGUGACAGAUACACUGGCUGCCUGGAGUGACCACAGGCCAAUUUGCAGAGCUAGAACAUGUGGUUCCAACUUACGUGGACCGAGUGGCAUUAUCACAUCACCAAAUUAUCCAGUUCAAUAUGAAGACAAUGCACACUGCGUGUGGGUCAUCACAACAACUGAUCCAGAAAAGGUCAUAAAGCUUGCUUUUGAAGAAUUUGAACUGGAAAGAGGCUAUGAUACUCUUACUGUUGGAGAUGCCGGGAAAGUUGGUGAUACCAGAACAGUGUUGUAUGUACUCACUGGAUCUAGUGUUCCUGAUCUUAUUGUGAGCAUGAGCAACCAGAUGUGGCUUCAUUUGCAAUCUGAUGACAGCAUUGGCUCACCAGGAUUCAAAGCUGUUUAUCAAGAAAUUGAGAAAGGAGGUUGUGGAGACCCUGGAAUUCCAUCAUAUGGAAAGAGGACUGGCAGCAGUUUUCUGCAUGGAGACACACUUACUUUUGAAUGUCAAGCAGCUUUUGAACUGGUGGGAGAGAGAACAAUUACAUGUCAACAAAAUAACCAGUGGUCUGGUAACAAACCCAGCUGUGUUUUCUCAUGUUUCUUCAACUUCACCACACCAUCUGGAAUUAUUCUUUCUCCAAAUUAUCCUGAGGAAUAUGGGAACAAUAUGAACUGUGUUUGGUUAAUUAUCUCAGAGCCAGGAAGCAGAAUCCAUCUGAUUUUCAAUGACUUUGACGUAGAACCUCAAUUUGACUACCUUACAGUCAAAGAUGAUGGAAUUGCAGAUUUACCACCUCUUGGCACAUUUUCUGGCAAUGAGGUCCCUUCUCAAUUGGCUAGUAGUGGGCACAUAGUAAGACUUGAAUUUCAGUCGGAUCACUCUACCACUGGAAGAGGAUUUAAUAUCACUUAUACAACCUUUGGUCAGAAUGAGUGCCAUGAUCCAGGCAUUCCCAUAAAUGGGAGGCGCUUUGGAGACAGAUUCCUUCUGGGAAGUUCUGUUUCCUUUCACUGUGAUGAUGGAUUUGUGAAGACUCAAGGUUCUGAAUCCAUAACCUGUAUUAUGCAAGAUGGAAACGUAGUAUGGAGCUCCACUGUCCCACGUUGUGAAGCACCAUGUGGUGGACAUUUGACAGCAUCAAGUGGUGUUAUCUUACCACCAGGGUGGCCAGGAUAUUACAAGGACUCACUUAAUUGUGAAUGGGUAAUUGAAGCAAGACCAGGACAUUCCAUUAAGAUCACUUUUGACAGAUUUCAGACUGAAGUUAAUUAUGAUACUUUGGAAGUCAGAGAUGGGCCAGCGAAUUCAUCACCAUUAAUUGGAGAAUACCAUGGAACACAAGCACCCCAGUUUCUUAUCAGUACUGGAAAUUAUAUGUAUCUGCUGUUCACGACGGACAACAGUCGUUCCAGUGUUGGUUUCCUAAUUCACUAUGAGAGUGUUACUCUGGAAUCAGAUUCCUGCCUUGACCCAGGGAUUCCUGUGAAUGGCCAUCGCCAUGGUAACAACUUUAAUAUCCGCUCCACAGUAACUUUUAGCUGCGAUCCAGGAUAUACACUGAGUGAUGAAGAACCACUCAUAUGUGAAAGAAACCAUCAGUGGAAUCAUGCAUUACCCAGCUGUGAUGCUUUAUGUGGUGGAUAUAUCCAUGGGAAGAGUGGAACUGUUCUUUCCCCAGGUUUUCCUGACUUUUACCCAAACUCUUUAAACUGCACUUGGACUAUUGAAGUGUCUCAUGGCAAGGGUGUACACCUGGUUUUUCACACCUUUCACCUUGAGAGCUCUCAUGACUAUUUGCUCAUCACUGAAGAUGGCAGCUUCACAGAACCAGUAGCCAGGUUAACUGGCUCAGUCUUACCCCCUGCAAUUAAAGCUGGUCUCUUUGGAAAUUUUACUGCACAGCUUCGAUUUAUAUCUGAUUUUUCAAUUUCUUAUGAAGGUUUCAACAUAACAUUUUCAGAAUAUGAUCUGGAGCCAUGUGAUGAUCCUGGUGUUCCUGCCUUCAGCAGACGAGUUGGUUUUCAUUUUGGUGUUGGAGAUUCCUUGAUAUUUUCUUGUUUCCCUGGAUAUCGCCUGGAAGGUGCUAAUAAACUUACCUGCCUGGGAGGUGGUCGGCGUGUAUGGAGUGCACCUCUGCCAAGGUGUGUGGCUGAAUGUGGAGCAACUGUCUCUGGAAAUGAAGGAACAUUGUUGUCUCCAAAUUUUCCAUCUAAUUAUGACAAUAACCAUGAAUGUAUCUAUAAAAUUGAAACAGAGGCUGGAAAAGGGAUCCAUCUUAGAGCCAGGAGCUUUCAGCUGCAUGAAGGAGAUAUUGUUAAGGUGUAUGAUGGAAAAGACAGUUCUUCACGGUCUCUGGGAGCCUUCACCAAAAAUGACAUGAUGGGAGUUAUCCUUAAUAGCACCUCUAACCAUAUGUGGAUUGAGUUUAAUACCAAUGGAUCUGAUACUGACCAAGGAUUUCAGCUGACCUACACAAGUUUUGACCUAGUGAAGUGUGAAGAUCCUGGCAUACCAAAUUAUGGGUACAAAAUACGAGAUGAAGGACAUUUUAUAGACACUGUCAUUUUAUACAGCUGCAAUCCUGGCUAUACAAUGCAUGGUAGUAGCAUUAUGACCUGCUUAAGUGGAGAUCGAAGAGUUUGGGACAAACCUUUGCCUACUUGCAUAGCUGAGUGUGGUGGUCGAAUUCAUGCUGCUACAUCAGGGCGCAUUUUGUCCCCUGGUUACCCAGCACCAUAUGACAACAAUCUUCAUUGCACUUGGAUUAUUGAAGCAGAUCCAGGAAAGACAAUAAGGUACAUGCUUAAUUUCACUUCCAUUGCAUCAACUUGUAACGAUCCUGGGACACCACAGAAUGGCACUAGAUAUGGAGACAGCAGAGAACCUGGAGACACUACCACCUUUCAAUGUGACCCUGGCUAUCAACUUCAAGGACAGGCAAAAAUUACAUGUGUGCAACUGAAUAACCGAUUCUUCUGGCAACCUGAUCCUCCUACCUGCAUAGCUGCAUGUGGAGGAAACCUGACAGGCCCAGCAGGAGUUAUUUUAUCACCUAACUAUCCACAACCGUAUCCUCCUGGGAAAGAAUGUGACUGGAGAAUAAAAGUAAACCCUGACUUUGUCAUUGCCUUGAUAUUCAAAAGUUUCAAUAUGGAACCCAGUUAUGAUUUUCUACAUAUUUAUGAAGGAGAAGAUUCCAACAGUCCUCUGAUUGGCAGUUUUCAAGGCUCACAUGCUCCUGAAAGAAUAGAGAGCAGCGGUAACAGUCUGUUUCUGGCUUUUCGCAGUGAUGCUUCUGUUGGAAUGUCAGGAUUUGCCAUUGACUAUAAAGAAAAGCCACGGGAAGCUUGUUUUGAUCCUGGAAAUAUCAUGAAUGGGACAAGAAUUGGAGCAGACUUUAAGCUCGGUUCAACUAUUACUUAUCAGUGUGAUUCUGGAUAUAAGAUUAUUGAUCCUUCAACUAUAACAUGUGUAAUUGGUGCAGAUGGAAAGCCAGCAUGGAACAGAGCAUUGCCAUCUUGUAAUGCUCCAUGUGGAGGGCAGUAUACUGGAUCAGAGGGAGUUGUUUUGUCACCAAACUAUCCUCAUAAUUACACUGCUGGGCAGACUUGCCAUUAUUCGAUAACUGUUCCUAAAGAAUUUGUUGUGUUUGGACAAUUUGCCUAUUUUCAGACAGCUUUGAAUGAUGUGGCAGAAUUAUUUGAUGGAGAAAACUCUCAGGCUAGACUUCUUAGUUCACUGUCUGGAUCUCACUCAGGAGAGACAUUGCCUUUGGCUACAUCUAAUCAAAUUCUUCUGCGAUUCAGUGCUAAGAGUGGGGCAUCAGCCAGAGGGUUUCACUUCGUUUACCAAGCUGUUCCACGCACAAGUGAUACACAGUGCAGCUCAGUUCCAGAGCCUAGGUAUGGAAGGAGGAUUGGCUCCGAGUUUUCAGCAGGCUCUGUUGUUCGAUUUGAGUGUAGUCCUGGUUAUCUACUACAAGGCUCAAAAGCUAUCCGAUGUCAGUCUGUCCCUAAUGCCUUGGCUCAAUGGAAUGACACAGUGCCAAGCUGCGUAGUGCCAUGCAGUGGGAAUUUUACUGAGCGCAGAGGUACUAUUCUUUCACCAGGUUACCCUGAACCUUAUGGUAACAGCUUGAAUUGUGUGUGGAAAAUCAUAGUGACUGAGGGAUCAGGUAUUCAGAUACAGGUCAUCAGCUUUGCCACUGAACAUAAUUGGGACUCCCUUGAAAUAUAUGAUGGUGGAGAUGUGACAGCACCACGUCUUGGGAGCUUUUCAGGUACAACUGUGCCAGCAUUGUUGAAUAGCACCUCCAAUCAACUUUAUUUACAUUUUCACUCUGACAUUAGUGUGGCAGCAGCUGGUUUUCACCUGGAAUACAAAACUGUAGGCCUUGCAGCCUGUCCAGAACCAGUAAUUCCUAGCAAUGGGAUCAAAUCAGGAGAUAGAUAUAUGGUGAACGAUGUUCUGUCAUUUCAGUGUGAGCCAGGAUACACAUUACAGGGCCGUUCCCAUAUUUCUUGUAUGCCAGGAACAGUUCGACGCUGGAACUAUCCAUCUCCUCUCUGCAUUGCUAAGUGUGGUGGAACACUGACAAACAUGGGGGGCGUGAUCCUAAGCCCAGGUUUUCCUGGAAAUUACCCGAGUAACUUAGAUUGUACAUGGAAAAUUUUAUUGCCUAUUGGAUAUGGUGCACACAUUCAGUUUCUGAAUUUCUCUACUGAAGCAAAUCAUGAUUUUCUUGAAAUUCAGAAUGGGCCUCACCACACCAGUUCUAUGAUUGGCCAGUUUAGUGGAAUUGAACUCCCAUCACCCUUGCUAAGUACUACUCAUGAAACACUUGUCCAUUUUUAUAGCGAUCACUCAGAAAACAGGCAAGGAUUUAAGCUGACAUACCAAGCUUAUGAGUUACAGAACUGCCCUGAUCCUCCUCCUUUUUUGAAUGGAUAUAUAGUCAACACAGAUUACAGUGUGGGUCAGUCCGUAUCUUAUGAGUUACAGAACUGCCCUGAUCCUCCUCCUUUUUUGAAUGGAUAUAUAGUCAACACAGAUUACAGUGUGGGUCAGUCCGUAUCAUUUGAGUGCUAUCCUGGAUAUGUUUUGAGGGGUCAGCCUGUUCUCACAUGUCAACAUGGAAUCAACAGAAAUUGGAACUAUCAUUUUCCCAGAUGUGAAGCUCCUUGUGGCUAUAAUGUAACUGCUCAGAAUGGUACAGUUUAUUCCCCAGGAUUUCCAGAUGAAUACCCGAAUUCCAAAGACUGUACUUGGUUAAUUAUUGUACCUCCAGGCCAUGGGAUUUAUAUCAACUUUACCUUACUCCAAACUGAACCUGUGAAUGACUACAUUGCAGUUUGGGAUGGUCCUGACCAUAAUUCGCCUCAGCUAGGAGUUUUCAGUGGGAACACAGCUCUGGAAACAGCUUAUAGUUCCACCAAUCAAGUCCUCCUCAAAUUUCACAGUGAUUUUUCAACAGGAGGAUUCUUUGUCCUCAAUUUUCAUGCUUAUCAGCUGAGGAAGUGCCAACCUCCACCCACAGUUCCACAUGCAGAUUUGUUUACAGAAGAUGAUGAUUUUGAAAUAGGAGAUUUUGUGAAGUACAGGUGCCAUCCUGGUUUCACCCUUGUUGGACAAGAUAUAUUAACCUGCAAACUGAAUGCACAGUUGCAGUUUGAAGGAUCCUCUCCAUCUUGUGAAGCACAAUGUCCAGCGAAUGAAAUCCGUACAGAAUCAUCAGGAGUGAUCCUCAGUCCAGGUUAUCCAGGCACCUAUCCCAACUCUCAGACAUGUUCUUGGACUAUAAAGGUUGAGCCAGGAUAUAAUAUCUCCAUUUUUGUAGAAAUGUUUCAAAGUGAAAAGCAAUUUGAUGAGCUGGAGGUAUUUGAUGGUUCUUCUGGGCAAAGCCCUUUACUGGUUGCUUUAAGUGGGAAUCAUACUGGGCAACUGAACUUCACAAGCAAAAUGAAUCAGCUCUAUCUCCGCUGGUCAACGGAUCAUGCAACCAGCAAGAAAGGAUUCAAGAUCCGUUACUCAGCUCCUUAUUGCAGCUUAAACCCUACCUUGAAGAAUGGUGGAAUUGUAAAUAAAACAGGUGGUCCUGCUGGAAGUAAAGUUCGCUAUUACUGCAAACCUGGGUACAGAAUGAUUGGUCACAAUAAUGCCACGUGUAGGCGUCACCAGAACGGCAUGUAUCAGUGGGAUUCUCCUGUGCCAAUCUGCCAAGCUGUGUCUUGUGGUAUUCCUGACUCCCCUGGGAAUGGUUCAGUUAUAGGUAAUGAAUUCACUUUGGGCAGUAGAUUGAUAUAUGAAUGUAAUGAGGGCUUCAAGCUAGAAUCUACUCAACAAGCAACAGCAGUGUGUCAAGAAGAUGGAUUAUGGAGCAACAAAGGGAGGCCGCCUGUUUGCAAAUCUGUGACUUGCCCUAGCAUAGAGACUCUGCUCUCAGAACAUGUUGUCUGGAGACUGAUUUCGGGGUCACUGAAUGAGUAUGGAGCUCAAGUCAUGCUCAGCUGCAGUCCUGGAUAUUUUUUAUUGGGUCAAAGACUCAUACAGUGCAGGAGUAAUGGAACCUGGAGUGUAGGCAAUGAAAGGCCAAGUUGUAAGGUUAUCUCCUGUGGUGGUCUUCCAUCUCCACCAAAUGGAAAUAAGAUUGGAACCCUAACAGUGUAUGGAGCUACUGCAAUAUUCACUUGUAACACAGGAUACACAUUAGUUGGUUCUCAUGUGAGAGAAUGCUUGGCAAAUGGUCUCUGGAGUGGUACAGAAACGCAAUGCCUAGCUGGUCACUGUGGUUCUCCGGACCCAAUUGUAAAUGGUCACAUUAGUGGAGAUGGUUUCAGUUAUCGUGACACUGUGGUCUACCAGUGCAAUCCUGGCUUUCGACUUGUUGGCACAUCUGUCAGAAUUUGCCUACAGGAUCACAAGUGGUCUGGACAAACUCCUGUUUGUGUCCCAAUCACAUGUGGACAUCCUGGGAAUCCAGCUCACGGAAUGACUAAUGGCAGUGAGUUCAAUUUAAAUGAUGUUGUCAAUUUUACUUGCAAUACUGGAUACUUACUUCAGGGUGCUUCUCGAGCACAGUGCCGAAGCAAUGGGCAGUGGAGUAGCCCUUUACCCAACUGCCGAG